UGGCCUGGUGCUGAUCCGUGAUCCGCCUUGAAACGCCCGCUCAGCUCACCUUUCACCCUGGAUCCCUCGAUUCCUGUGCCCGAUGAUGGGUCGGGGGCUUUCGGCGGGGUCCCACCGCCGGAUGGACCCGCACUGCCCUCCCCCACCCUGACCGCGCCCGCACCCGCUGCCGUGGCCGUGGGCGUGGAUCAAGAAGUGCGGAAAAAGGACCUGGUUCAUUACAUGGUGGCUAGUUAUGUCCAGCAUUGCUAUCGUCAGUCUCUGUUCUGCGAUCUGGUCUUGGAGGCCGAGAGCGAGUCCAUCCCGUGCCACAAGAUGGUGUUGUUCUCGGUGUUCCCGCGGUUCCAGCAGUUCUUGACGGAGCAUUCCGGGGAUGUCAUCAUUUUCCCCGAGUUUCCCGGACCCGAAUUGCGCCAACUCGUCAAUAACAUCUAUUGGCAUCUCCAUGAACGCGAGACGUCGUUGGUGUUGCCCGAGGGAUUGCGGGCCCUCGGCCUCUUUCAUGAGUCGAUCGACGAACACACCCGCCAAAAAAGGCAGCGAUUAUCCAACGGGCCGGCACAGGCCGGGCUGGCUCGUCCCUCCGCGGCCUUGGUGGCUCAAUUGGUCAAAGUCAAGAUGGAAGAGGCGGCCCAAGCCGUCGCUACUCCACCCGUACCCCCCGCCGCCACCCUGAUACCCGCCGUGCCUGAUCCAUUCACGGCCGUGGGCGAAAUCGGUGACGAUUUUAACGACACAAUGGAUGCCUGUGAAGAUUUCUUCCACGACGCUCUCAAUAACGGACAGACCAAUGGGAGCGCUUUCAACGACCUGGCCCCCGUGACCUCGGCCACCGCCUCUUCCUCCUCGUCGUCUUUCGCCCCCGGGGACAAACGAGGCGGAGGAGGCGGUGGCGGCCUGACCGCCGAAGAAGACGAGGACUUUGUCCAAAGCUUCAAGCGCAUCCGACGCAUGAAGUACCCGGAGAGGUAUGGAGCCUCGGGGAAACGCCUUCAAAAGGCCAUGAAGUACGAACAAGAGGACGAGAUUGUCAAGCAUUACCCGGCGGUGGCCAAGACCCUCAUGGAGUCCGAAGUGGACUUGGCCAACGCCAACAUGAGUGUGCCCGAGAAGAAGAAGGCCAUGUAUGAUAUCCUCCAGACGGCCAAACGGAAUUGGCGGAAUUUCAUCCGCGGCUACAAAUGUGAUUGCGACAUCGAGGCGGCCAGCACGUUCUUCCAAGCCGAGAAACACGUCACAUUGUGCCAUUCGAGCCGGUUCUCUUUGUGUGAAAUGUGCGACACCAUCCGGCUCAAGGAGAAGAUCGACAAGCACAAGCGGCUGUGCCGCACGUUCUAUGAGAAAGACGGCAACACCUGCUCGGAUUGCGGGCGGCAGUACAAAUCGCGGAACGAGCUCACCAACCAUAUAAGUGACGCUCACAAGCGGGUCAAGUGCAAAAUUUGCGGCGAGGAAAUCGUGGGCCACGGCGCUCUCCAGCGGCACCGCCAAAAACUCCAUCCGGUGUUAGUCCAAUGUGACCAGUGUCCGAUGACGUUCCCGUCGAAUUUCAAGCUCCGGACGCAUCAGAUUCGGAUGCACUUGCCCGACUCGCAGAAGCCGUUCAUUUGUGAUCAGUGCGGCAAAGGCUUCUUGUACAAACGCAAACUGGACGAACAUAUGAUGUACGCCCAUAUCCGCUCGUUCCCGAUGCAGUGUCGCUUCGGUUGCGACAAACGCUUUAAUGACAGUAACAUGCGUCGUGCUCAUGAGGUCCGUGUUCACAAUGCCCCGAGCAAAAAGCGCGGUUAGACUGGUGACAUCCAUUCACUCACAGACACAUAUAAAACAUCCUUAUUAGUUAUUUACAGCUAUUAUUAUUAUGUUCCAUUGAAUGCACUCAUGUCACAAAAUGCCGAGAGGAUACGACUCGGUAACCGUGCAACAGAUCGUGGAAUUAAAAACCAUUCUCGAA